UAGUAUGUGCAGAGUAACAGUCCUUUAUUGCAGUCUGGGAAAAAUGGAAUGUAUGUAAUAUUUUGAAACGGCUGAUACUGGUUCCUGGUUGCAGGCUUUGUUGACCCAAGGCAUCCCUUCAUAACCACAUUAUUGUCUGCUGGAGACUUCUGUAGAACAGAAGGGAACGGUCAGGAAGCAAAGAUGAUCUUCAAGCAACUGCCCCUUGAAGCAAAGGCUGCAGUGGCUGCAGGAAUGGUUUUCUUCUCCAUGAUGCUAUCGCGGAGUUACCUGGCAGAAAAACUUGAUCUCAGGACACGGCGCUGGCUUCUGAGGUUGCAGAUGGCACUAUUUGCUAAUGCGCUCAUGUUGAUAGGAUCUCUUCAUGUUUGGAGAAGCACAGUCACCACGUUCUCCAGGUCCUCGGCAGCCAGCUCCUUCUGUUUCAUGCCGUGGAAAAUAGCUGUGUUCAUGUUUCUAGCUUUGGCUCAUUCAAGCUUCUUCACGUUGCUAUUUCUUGUUGCAGAAGAGCCCUAUUUUUUUUCUUUAGCUGCCUACACUUGCUUGGGGGCCUAUAUCAUUCUUAUCUUCUUCCUCUUCACUCUAGGCUCUGUAGAACAGGCUUACAAGUUCUUGGCUGGGAGAGGCACUAAGGCAGGUCCUAUCAACAAGAACAGAACAGUGAUGAAACCAGUUUUGGCAGUCAUGCUGACUGCUGUGCUGACUGUUGUGGGGUUGUUAAAUGCUUCCCAGCCUCCUACUGUGAAUUCAGUGGAGGUUCCAGUUCACAAGUUACCCUCAGCAAUGAAUAAUCUGAAAGUGGUGUUGCUUUCAGAUAUCCAUCUGGGGCCUACAGUUGGCAAGACCAAGCUUGCCAUGAUUGUGAGAAUGGUUAAGGCUUUAAAACCAGAUAUCACUGUGAUUGUUGGGGACCUGACUGACUCUGAGGCAGAGAUCAUACGACCUGCUGUUGAGCCUCUUGGAGAACUUAACUCCCCUUUGGGGACUUACUUUGUGACAGGAAACCAUGAGUACUACACAUCAGAUGUUAGUAACUGGUUUGAGCUGUUAAAAUCGUUUAACAUUCGGCCACUCCAUAAUGAGAAUGUGAAGAUUGUUUCACCAAAGAGCACUGAUGACUGGUUCUGCCUGGCUGGUGUUGAUGAUAUUGAAGCAGAUGUAUUACGCUACUCGGGACAUGGCAUGGAUUUAAAAAAAGCUCUUGCAGGUUGUAGCAGUGAGCGUGCAAUAGUGCUGUUAGCUCAUCAACCAGUUGCUGCAAAGUGGGCCCUUCAGGAGAGACCAGACAUAAAUUUAAUUCUCUCUGGCCAUACUCACGGAGGUCAGAUGUUUCCACUAAAUGCUGGCGCUUAUUUUCUGAACCCAUUCUUUGUUGGCUUGUAUAAAGUUGGGCAGAACACCUUUGUCUACGUCAGCCCUGGGACAAUGUACUUUGGAAUACCCAUGAGGCUGGGCAGCAGAGCUGAAAUAACAGAGAUAAUUCUACAUUCUCCUUGAGGAGUUUUCCACUUGACAGACUUCUACCAUCCAUUUUGAAUAUACCCCAGAGAAGUUUUGGGAUUGAUUAUGACUGUAACUGCUUUGUCAAGGAUGGGAGACCUUUCCG